AUGACACUGCCGCCUCAGCAGUCUCACGCCAGCAGCGCAUCAGGCCCUCCGCCGCCUCCGUUACCGCCAGCCUCGCAACCCGGUCUCAGCUCGUCCAUCUCGUCGUCAUCCGCCCAUGCCCACCAUCAUCUUGGCCAGCUGCCAGGUCCACCCCCGCAGUGGCAGGGUGCCGAGGAGUCCAUGAGAAGCUGGCUCACCGCCAAGGCCGAGGAGGACCGUCGGAAGCAGGAAGAGGAAAGGACCAAGCAGGAGUCAUUACGCCUCGAGCAGCGAAGGAUAGAGGCCGACAUGCUGCGAACUUCGCUUCAAGGCGGUAUCCCACCGCCUAUUGUACCUCUCGUUUUUGCCGGAAUGGGGGGAGCUGUAUCACCCACGGCCUUGGACAUUGCGCAGCAGUACAUCGCAUCGCAGGGCCACGGAGCGCAUCCUCAACUCAUGUCUACACAAGGCGGUCAGCGGUCACCUGAACAUAGGCGAGACUCGCAAUCGCAUGGGUACGGUCCCUACACGGGGGUGCCUUCGACCCCAGUAUCAGCGCCUGGUCCUCACGGUUAUGCUGCCUACCCUGGGUCGCCUCAGACUAGAGGCAGAGCCCAGACCCUGUCGUCAACAGGGUCAACAGGACGUGCAGUCGGCCCCAGCUCCAACCUGCCUAGUCUCAACACGGGAGCACCACCGGCAGGCCAGUCGCAGUCGUCAAUGCAUGGGCACGUCCACGGCGGACACGCGCCAUCCCAGCAACUAUCAGGCCAACAAGAGUCGCAGCAGCAGCAGCAGAGUCCUGGCAUCUACUUCCACCACUGGCAACCGCCCACCUCCCAAGCCGGAAGCUCAAAUCAGCCGGCGACACCAUCUGGAGAGUCUCCCAGAAACAAGCGCAAGGCAACGGAUCCGCAGCAGGCCGCCCCGAUGCCGAGCCACCAGCAGCAUCGAUUCAAAUCUCCACCCGUUCUCUUCAAGCCCGGUGCGACGCUGAGCAACCCACCACCUAGUCGGCGGCGGGGUCAGCAUUCUCGGAGGGGCAGCGACCAACCGUCGUACAGAAUGGGCGGACUCCACCACGGCGAGAGUUCGGGAACCCCCAGAGCCUCGUCCCCAAUGGCGACCGGACCAUCUCUACAGCAUCAUGUCAACCGCAUCGCUGGAGGCCAUUCAGUCUCGUCGCUUUUAUCGGAGGAGCCGUCGUACGCGUCAACGUACCCCUCCUCUUCUUCGGCGGAGACAAGACAGGAUCAGGAGCGACAGGCAGAGUACCAGCGACAUCAACAGGAGCAGCAGCAGCAGCAGCAACAAUCACAUCAAGAGGAAGGACAUAACGUCAAUAGCAGAAGAAGCAGUCCCGAGCAGCAUGGGAGAUGA